UAUAUGUUUUAGCAUACUCUAUGAAUCUCUCCCAUAAUCUCGAAACAGGAUCACCAACCUUAAUUCUUUUUGUUAAAUAUUCCUAUAACGAUUUCGAGAUAAAUGUGAAAAAUAGAAUCGAUUCUAAAAAGAUAUCUAAUCGUGGAUAUGCCUACAAACGUGCUUAUAAGAAAGUGCAAGAUAUAUUAUAUCAGAAAAUGGGUAAUACAUACAAAAUAUAUCAUAGAGAUUGGUUAAGCUUUGAAGACUUUAAG